AUGGGAGUAAGGAAAGGGAAAGCCGGACAACUUGUCGCUCAAAACACAAUCUUCGGGUGGAUUCUCUCCGGUCCGUUCUCUUGUCAAGCUCAACUCGAGUCGCGAGUUCAUGUCCAUUGCACGACUUCGGUCGCUCUGGACCAAGAACUUCGUAGAUUUUUGGAAGUAGAGGAGGUUCCUCGCAGACUCGCUCUCAGUCUUAAGGAGCAGCUCUGCGAGGAUCAUUUCGUGACCACGCAUUCACGAGCUCCCAACGGACGUUACGUAGUUCGCCUUCCCUUUAGAAAAGGGCUUCCGACCGACAUCAGUGCUUCUCGACACAUUGCCAAACGGUCGCUACGUCAACUGCAUCGCAGGUUGAAAACACAACCAUCUCUCGCUUCCGAAUACAUUAGUUUCAUUCGGGAAUACGAGGAGCUCAGUCAUAUGCGGCGGGUCGACGGUGCCGAUAGUCAAACCACCCAAUGCGUUUACAUAACGCACCACCUAGUUCUGCGUGAACACAGCAGUACUACUCACCUGCGAGUUGUAUUCAACGCAUCAUGCGCUAGCUCAAAUACAACUUCUCUCAACGACUAUUUGCUUCCCGGUCCUAAACUGCAAACAGACCUUGCGGCAGUGAUUUUACGCUGGCGUACUCACAAAUACGUAAUGAGUGCUGACAUCGCAAAAAUGUACCACCAAAUUCUGAUCGAUCCUUGUGAUGCGAAUUAUCAGCGGAUCCUCUGGGCUCCUAGCGAGACACUACCGACUGCUGAGUUCAGCUCCUUACCGUCACUUACGGGACCGUACCUGCGCCCUUUCUCGCUCUUCGCGUCCUUAAACAACUCUUUCGGGAUGAAGGUCACGCUUUUCCGCUAG